AUGUUUGUUGAUUCGUCGUUCCCUAUCCUCCAGCCUGUUCCUUCUUCUAAUAAGCUUCGUGCGUUCCAAAUGUUGCGCCAGGUAAAAGAAGGUGUGAUAUUGCUUCCUACUGAAGCGGCUUGUUUGAUUGCUUCUUCCACCCACAGUGUACCGUCUUCUUUUCACACAAUCACUAGUCACAAAGAAGCCUCUCAGUUCAGACAUCGUUCUUUCCCUUACUACAACCAGCUUACUGCGAUAUACGCAAGAGAUCGGGCGACUGGGAAAGACGCUCAAACAGCUGCUAAUGUUCUUGAAGAAAUACAUGCUGAGGAUGAACGUACUACAAAUAUGAAUGAAGAGAGAAACACAUUCUAUGACUGCGAAGCUGACGUCUCUUUAGACGACAUGGAUGUUUCUGGUACAGAUCCGCGAGGAUAUAGAGACAAAGGGGGUUCCUCAUCUUCAAACAAGAGAAAGAAGAAAUCUGAUGCUCGUGAUAAUGUGUAUUCUUCAUUUGAGGAGGCUGCCACCUUGUUGGGGGAAAAAAUCGAGGCCGUUGGUGAUAAAAUCAGUAUGAGUAUUGCCUCCGAGGUGGUAGUUCAGCAGAAGUCAGAAGAAAAGAUGGAAGAGAAUGCUUCAAAUUUAUAUUCAGCCUUAUGGUCAAUUGAAGGUUUAACCGACGAUCAGCGGUAUGAUGCUUUGAGUAAAAUUCCCGAUCAUCCAGCUCAAAUGAUCGUUUUCUUCAGUUUACCUUUUGUUGCCCGAUUGGAAUGGGUCAGAAGAUUUCUUUCUCACCAUUAAAUAUCAAUGUUCAAACUUUUUGAUGUUGUAAAACUAUAUAACAUAUGGAUUAUGAUGUACAAUUUCAUUUUCAUCUAACUUUUUCUUAGUAUAA